UUCCCGGUCCUUAUAAAUUGUCACCUGAUGAGCGGUAGAUCUGGCAUUUUGAUGUACAUAAAAAUUUAGGAUCAUGUUUCACACUCUAGGAUGAGAUAAAACACCACGGCGUUUUGUCUGCUAUAUCUGGGUAGUGGAUCAAAUGGGGAAGAUCAGUUUUGGCAGGGUUAUGAGCUGCUUCUCUGUUUCAUCUGGCUUUGACAGUUCUUGGUUCUGCAUAAGUUCUGUAAAAACCCAUGACGAGAUGGAGCAAAAACCACUGAUCACAAGUGAGCUAGAUCAUUUAGAGAGACUGAAGGAUGUGCCCACCACUGAAAGUCAGACUUUGGCAUUUCAACCCAAGCCAAAGAUGGUGAUGCUAAGGGUGUCCAUGCACUGCAAUGGAUGUGCAAGAAAAGUUGAGAAGCACAUCUCAAAGAUGGAGGGAGUGACUUCAUACAAAGUAGACCUGGAAAGCAAGAUGGUGGUUGUUAUUGGAGAUGUAAUUCCUCUUCAAGUACUAGAGAGUGUCUCUAAGGUGAAAAAUGCCGAGUUCUGGAGCGACUCUGUAAAUUCAAAGCUUCCAACAGCCCAGAGUAACGUGACCACAUUCAUGUAAUCCAUUUAUUUCGUUUUGAAGACCUUUAAGGAAGAAAUACAUCUGAAACACAUUAAUAAGA